GGGGCGGGCCACAGAGAGAGAGAGAGAGAGGAACCUGUUUCUGAGAUUUGGACUCGCCCCUUCAGGAAUAGAAGAGCAAAAAAAAACACAAAGAGCAGGAUGGUUGGAUCUGACUUUUACUGCCGGGGGGCCGAUGAGCAGGUGUGACCGCUGACCCCUCACCUUUACAUCUACUUGAGGGUGGCGGGCCCUGGGGAGCCCAAGGCCAUCACCAUGGCAACAACUUCCUCCCUGCUCGGCAGAGCAGGUCUGGGUCUGGUCCUGGUGGAGUUUCAGUAUGAGUACCAGGGUCGGGACGGGGCUCUGAUCUCCAUCAAACCCAACGAGCGCUAUGUCCUUUUGGCUAAGACCAACGACCACUGGUGGCAGGUCCAGAGCGACCGCAGUUCCAAUUCCAAGCCCUUCUACAUCCCCGCCAAGUAUGUCAAGGAGCUGCCGCUGGACUUCCCCUCACCUCUGGACUUUGCCAAGACCCUCAGUCCUGAACCGGUGCUGCUUCCUGUGGUGGCACCUGUCCCGGUCCCGGUCCCUGUCCCUGUUCCAAAGACCCUGGAGGAGCCCAACAAAACCAAACCAGGGGACGAGGUGGCGAUCCGACUUAGACCUGAUGCUUCCAACAGAUACCGCAAGACUGAGAACCGUAUGUCCACAUUCGGUGUCCCGCUGGACUUCCAUGACCUGUCGCCUAUUGUGCCGCCGGCACCGCGACAUCCCAGCAAACCCACUGCUGCUCCCACAGAGACCAGGACCACAGCAACCAGUGAGACUACAAAGAAGGCCGACAAUGCUCUGAGCAAAAAGAGCUUGUCUGGGUUCCUCGACGACCAAAAGGACUCUGGGAAACAUCGAGUUCCCAAUUUCAGUCCAGCAGACCCCAUCUCUAUACCCCGGCCCCAGAACCAGCCCAUCCCUGUGGAAACACCGGUGGUCCCAGUGGUCCCAGUGGUACCGGUGGUCCCAACGGUCCCGGCGGUCCCCGCUGUCUCAGCAGUGCCAGCAGCCCCCGUGGUCCCAACAGUGCCAGCAGCCCCCAUGGUCCCAACAGUGCCAGCAGCCCCCGUGGUCCCAUCAGUCCCGGCAGCCCCCGUGGUCCCAGCAGUCCCGGCAGCCCCCGUGGUCCCAGCAGUCGCGGCAGCCCCCGUGGUCCCAGCAGUCCCGGCAGCCCCCGUGGUCCCAGCAGUCGCGGCAGCCCCCGUGGUCCCAACAGUCCCGGCAGCCCCCGUAGUCCCUGUGGUCCCAGUGGACCCUGUGGUCCCAGCGGUCCCUGUGGUCCCCGCACCCCCCCAACACAACAACAUCCACAACACGUCCUUGGCAUCUUCAGAUCCCCAUGACAACUUAGAGUCCCCCAUAGAACCGGAGGAGGAGGAGGAGGAGAAGGAGGAGGAGGAGAACAUCUGCGAGGAAGAUUCACCGAAGGAGGAAGAUUCGAACCACAUCUACGAGUCCAUCCUAGACCUGAACCUGGACCUGGAGGCUCUGGUUGGAGGAAGGGUGAGUCCUGCAGGGCCGCCUGAACCGGCACCUGUACCUGAAACUGCACCUGCAACUGCCCCGCCCCCCACACAGGACACCAGCUCGCUCGCCCCUAACUCGCCCAUCUACGCCAACGUCUCCAGUCUGAAGAAAACGUCCGUCCCUCAGAUCUCCAUCUCUGGCCCCGCCCUCCCCCCGCCUCCACCAGACCACCCCCCUCCGAUCCCUGACCACACCCCCUCGUCUUCAGUUUCCUCCUCCUCUGGAAUGAUAAGCCCCGCCUCCCCCCUCAGCCCACACGGAUGGCAGGUGCACACCGACCAGGACAGCGGGAAGGUGUUCUACUACCAUCCUGUGACCAGACAGACCACCUGGUCCGACCCCCGCACCCCCCCGACCCCGCCUGCUCGAGACAUGGGCCAGUCCAGGGGCAGCGAGGGGAGACAGCUGGCCUCCCCCUCCCCUCUGACCUGCCCCGCCUCCUCUCAGGGUUCUUCUUGGGAGCAGCUGGUGGACGAAGUCUCAGGGAAAUUUUACUACUACAACCCCACCUCAAGAGCCACGACAUGGGACGCACCAGAGACAUCUGGCCCCUCCUCGUCCUCCUCACCCCCACCAGGACCUGCAGCCAGCAGGAGGUCCGGCGUCGGCCCGCCUCCGCUGCCAGAGGAAGACUAUCCUGUAGAUGUCCACACUGACAACGACUCUGUCUUCACAUCGAAUCCUCAACAGCACGCCAGUCUGAUUCCCAGAGCUCAGCUGGACCAGAAAGAUGCAAACAGCUCCCAGAGGAGGCAGCAGGAGGCUCCGCCUUUGCCCCAAUGGCUGAUGGGAAAUGGAGUUUCUGAGGAGGGAACAGUUCCACAAGUGAAGAACUGGAGACACAGCGUGGCCGAAGUCCCGUUUGCUCCGAGCCACCGGAGGAACGUCUCCGACCUCAGCGAGGUGACCCUCAGGAAGCAGUCCCCCGACAGCCCACAGCUUUCUGAUAGGCACAAACUGAAGAGGAAUCUGUCCAAUCGCAGCACAGGCUCCCACCAGCAACACAGCCACCUGCUGGAGAAAGCAGGGAUCAUGAACAAGACGAAAGUGGCUGAGAACGGCAAAAGGAUCAGGAAGAACUGGAGUCAGUCCUGGACCGUCCUCCACGGUGGGAUCCUCACCUUCCACAGAGACCCCAAAUUUGCUCCAACUGGGAACGCUAAUAAAUCGUCACAGAUUGUUCCAGAAUACACCGUCGAGCUGAGAGGAGCCUCGGUGAGCUGGGCCUCCAAGGAAAAGUCAUCGAAGAAGAACGUUCUGGAGCUGAAGACUCGUCAGGGCUGCGAGUAUCUGAUGCAGUACGACACGGAGAGCAUCAUCAGCGAUUGGUUCAAAGUGAUGCACGACGCCAUCAGACAGCUGGAACACGGUCAUCAGUCAGAGGACGAGGACGACGUCGCUUCGGACAAAGAAGAUAAAGACAAGAAGAGGACACCGACCACGAGUACAUCAGGAACUGCCGACUCUGAGCAGACGCGAGUUCGGACCAAACUACGGCGUUUCCUCCAGCGCAGGCCGACGCUGCAGAGCGUUAAAGAGAAAGGCUACAUCAGAGAUAACGUGUUCGGCUGUCACCUGGAUACACUCUGCCACAGAGAGAACACCACCAUCCCCAAAUUUGUGGAGAAAUGUAUCAAAGUGGUAGAGCGGAGAGGUCUGCAGGUGGACGGGAUCUACAGAGUGAGCGGAAACCUGGCUGUAAUCCAAAAACUACGACACAAAGCUGAUCAUGAAGAGCAUCUGGACCUGGAGGACGGACAGUGGGAGGAGAUCCAUGUUAUCACGGGGGCUCUGAAACUUUUCCUGCGGGAGCUUCCAGAGCCGUUAUUCCCCUUCAGCUGCUUUGACAAGUUCAUCGCUGCCAUCCAAGUCGCAGACUACAGCCUGAGAGUCUCCUACAUGAAGGACCUGGUUCGCUCCCUGCCUCUGCCGAACCAUGACACCAUGGAGCUGCUGUUCAAACAUCUGCGCAAGGUGAUCGAGAACAAGGAUUCCAACAGGAUGUCGGUUCAGAGCGUUGCCAUCGUGUUCGGCCCCACGCUGCUCCGGCCCCAGUCUGAGUCAUCUAAUAUGACGAUCAACAUGGUGUUCCAAAGCCAGAUAGUGGAGCUCAUCCUCAGGGAGUUCCAGACCGUCUUCUCCCAGAGGUAGGGGGAACCUCCUGGAGCUCCUCUGGAACCAUGCAGAAGCCUCCGUGGACCUCCUGGAAGCCCCCCAAAUGAUGAGUCCUGCCAAAAGUCUUCUCAGGCUUUAGACCCAAACAUCACUUCCUCUCAAACCCAAAUUCACCAGGGACUGAACUUGGAACUCACUGGCUACAUGAUGUCCCUUUCUAACAAAUAGAACUUGUGAAAGUGAAAGUACCUAGAACUCUGCAGCAGUCUUGAAACUGACAGCAGCUUGGUUCUUCUUUCAAGGCAACAGACCAAAUAGAACAUAAUUUUCUUGUCACCUUAAAAACCCAAAACACUGAGCAAUAACUCUUCCAACAAAUUGAAGGUCCUUCUAGACCCUUGUAGAUCUCUGGAACCAAACAUCAUCACGUAAAUGUCUGUCACAAAAAAUCAAUAGACAUUCAAGUUCUCUGGGAUUACAACCUGAACCUGCAGGCUUCACCAGACCCCUUUCUAAACCCUGUGCCUGAAAUGCCUGAACCAUCUGGGACCCGGGACUGGUUUUAAAACCUUAAACGUGAAUCAUGUCUCAUUGCAAAGGACCAACAAUUCCACGUCAAGCUAAAACUGUUUCAGAAGCUUCAAGAACCUUGUAGAUCUUUCUGGACCCAAUCUCAUCUUCUCUUCCUGUUUUUAAAAUGUAUGGCCAUUAAAGCUACGAGAGUAGAAUUUGGGGACUGCAGACUGAUACCCUUCUCUUAUCACUGUGCUCUACAUGAUCCAGAUGGAACUUGAGUGGAACUAUCUAGAACUCUGGACUGAUUCUAAAAUUUUAACCAGCAGCUUCACUGCUCUUUCAAGACCAAACAAACUUAGCACCUUAAUACCCCAAAAUGUCUCACUUUGUGAAAGAACUGUCCCAACAUUUUCCAUAUCCUUCCAGAACCUUGUAGAACUCUGGACUCAAACAUCCUCUCCUCCUUUUUAAAUCCAGAUUCUGUGGGUAUUUAAAUGCAUGGGUGUUGAACCCGGAACUUGCUCUCACCACCAGACUACCAAGCCUUAUAAAACAUAGUUACCAAUCCUUUGACUGAGAGCUAUCUAUACAGGUUCCAGAUCAUUUUGGAACCUUGAAGAACUAUAGAACCAAACAUUAUCAUCCUCAAGUUAAACCUGGAAUCUGUUGGUUACACAACACCUCUCUCUCACCACCAGACCACCAAGCCUUAAAUGACCCAGGUAGAACCUGUGUGGAACUAAAACCUUGUACUGGUUCUAAGAUCAGAAAUUCUUGCAUUCAGACCCAUGACAAGCUGGGAAAUCACAACAGACCAACCAUCUUCAGGUAGUGUCCCACUUGCCUGGCACCUCAGAAACACAAAGUAUCGCUACAACCUUCCAAACUCUUGACUCUUGACCUUUGGGGAAGACAAGAAAGUUCCAGGUGUUUUGGCAUUCAAAUACCUCUCAUCCCCAAAGAAAACCUUUUCUGAGCCAAGAAACACCAAACAGGAUUAACACUGUUUUUGAGGGAAGACCUCAGACUGACCCGUCCUGAAGACAGCCUGUGGAAUAUUUUAUCGUCAAUACUAUGUGAUUCUAACUCACUAUCCUCACUCCUACCUGAAAUCUGUGCCCAAGAAUACCAAACAUAUUUACUUACAGAGACUCUGGAGCCCCUAAAAAUAAAUUCUCAGCUGAACAUGUACAUUGUUCACAAGACUCAAACCCUCUGAAGAUGUUAACAGAGGAAGGAAAGCUCUGUGUCCACAACUACUUUUGUGUCUUUUGUGUCUUAGAUUUGACUUACUGCAGGCAUCAAAAGACUUGAUGCUGAUUGGCUCAAGUCUUACCUGCUCACUCAAUGUUGUAAUCGAUGACCUCUGCUGCUGUACAGGUUUCAGAUUGUUUGUUGAUUAGUAUGGACUCACAGCCUCAAUCACACUUAGUGUUUUACGCUACGAACAAUGGAUCUUCUACAACCACACACCUGCGUUUACUUUCAUUCAAAAUAUCUACUUGUCCAUGUUCAGUAUAUUUACGGCCCGCUCUCAUUCCCAGAGCGUGACUUUGUCACGUCCUUCAGCGUCCGGUACCGACACAGAUCCUAGUUCAACACACUGGGGGAAGCCAUCUAGCGUCAUUUUUCACUACUAUAAAUAACCAAAAAGUCAGAGUAAGGAGGCGGUUGGGAUGAUGGUGGGACAGACACCGGAUUUUCUCCCAGGAGCCCAUUGUUUGUUUCCCAUGUGAAGCAAAAAGUCACUAUUGAUUCCUUUUAGUGAUUAUAAUUUAGGGUCACGUAAGUAACGUAGGUAUUUUAAUCCAAAUCAUGAUCUUUUCCUAAAACUAACUAAGCGGUUUUGGUGUCUAAACCUAACCCAGCUGCAACAUUUAACAACAUUAACCACUAGUUUUACUUUGAAAGUCUAACAGGAUGGUGCAUAUUCAUUCUUGCUAACUUGACUGCGGAGUCCUACACCUUCAAAACCAAUGCUUAACAAUGCUAAAGGUACCCAGGGCAUUAAAAAACGACACCAAAGGGUCUUGACAAAGCGCCCAUAUAUGACGGGAUGAGAGCGGGUGAAUUUAGACUCAGUAAGUAAGAACUGAUGUGUUCAAAGUAUGGAUCAAUAUAUUAACUUUCAGGCUGUGUUGCAUUCACUGAUGCUGGAAAACACACAUUUGCACAGAAAAGUAAUCUAAGUCAGUAUAUAUGUUGAUACAUGUUUUACUGAAGACCUUCGUCAUAUUAAACACUGGAUCAAAAUGUAAUCUUGGUGACGUGAUGUCUUCAGGUACAGUAUGGAGCCGACAUGUUGUUUUAGACUUUCAUGAAAUGAAGUCAGAAUUCAACUGAGAAACUGAAUCAAAUAAUUCCAGUCUUUGUGCUAAGCUAGGCUCGACACACCCUGGAGCUGUCGAUUAAGACAGAAAACAAGUGGAUUUAUUAAAUCUAAAUAACGUUUACUAGAAAGUUCAGAGGACCCAGGAUGAUUCCCUGAGGGACUUAUCGAAUACAGAAAACAAGAUUUACAGAAAUGUUGUUGUUAGUGGGUUUUUUUAAGGGAUGAAUUUUACAGGAACAUUUUUACUGUUGUUUGUGUCCUGCUGUAACGAUGGGUUCAAGAAAUGAUAGCGUGUACAAUGUAUGUUUUUAUAGUGUUGAGUUUAUAUGUAUUACAGAUAUAGAACAAAGUUAACAUGGACGACUAACAGAUUAAACUCUGUACAUAAGAGGGUAUUUUACUGACCUAAUAAAAGAGAUCUUUACG